AUGUAAUGUAGCUUUCUGUACUACAGGUGUUUGUAACAUUUGAUCGUUGCAGUCAUGUAGUUACUGUAUAAAGAACAAGCUGAUGUCGUCUUAGCACUCAAUACGAGCGCCAACAGAUUCCGCAGCACUAAAUUUCUUAGACCUUGAAGACGGCCUCUCAUCUGAAAGCAUUUUGACAAUUUUUCACCACUAGAGGGUGAAAUUCAUGUGUGUCAUAUAGAUAACACUGUGCUCAUGCACAUGGAGUUCCUAGGAGCCAGCACUGAUUGGCUAAAAUGCAAGUCUGUCAAAAGAACUGAAAUAAGGGGGCAGUCUGCAGAGGCUUAGAUACAAGAUAAUCACAGAGAAUAUUAGUGACCAUGAACAAGAUGAAGAAGAAGUUGCCUGAGCGGAUCCUGAAUCACAUCCUGGAGAUUCUCUACCUUCUGACGGGAGAGCGUGUGACUAAUUCACUGACAGUGAGUCACAUGACCGGGGACAAGACGACAACAGAGAGGAUACUGACCCACACCCUGCAGAUCCUGUACCUGCUGACAGGGGAGGUGCCUAUAAAGCGUGAUGAUGUUGCUGUGUAUUUCUCUAUGGAGGAGUGGGAGUAUAUAGAGGGACACAAGGAGCUUUACAAGGACGUCAUGAUCGAGACUCACCAAGCUCUAAGGACUAUGGAGAUCCCAGGAAGUGAGAACUCAGAAUUAACAGGUCACAGUGAUGAGAAUCUGAACAUGGGAGCACUAGGAGAACUGGUACAGAAGCCAGUGGAGACCCCAUCAGACUUCACUGCAGGUGAAUAUGAUGCUGUGAGUUCAUGUAAUUCUGAACAAACAGAAGAUCAGUGGCUAAGCAACAUGACAGAAGCAGCAAAGCAGGAAAUAUGUGAAAUUGUUAUCUUUGAUGAAAAUUAUACUCCUAUUUCAUAUAACACAGAGGAUCAGGGGCAAAGACAUGUGCCUGAAGCUCCAGAACAGGAAAAAUGUGACACUAUUAGUAGAGGUGAAGUUAAGACUGAAGUUACACUUAAUGCUGAACAAACAAAUGAUCUGUAUGUAAAGAGUCAGCAGGAAGCUGUGAAGCAGGAAAUCGGUGACAAUAUCAGUACAGGUGAUGUUAAAACUGAAGUUACACUUAAUGCUGAUCAAACAAAUAAUCUGUAUGUAAAGAGUCAACUGGAAACUGUGAAACGGAAAAUCAGUAACAAUAACAAUACAGGUAGCUUCACAAACUACAACUAUCCGAGCCAUGGUCAAAGUCUUCAGAAUCAAAGAAGCCAACUAGGAAAUGUAUGUUCUAAAUGUGGGAAAUGUUAUACCAAGAAAUCACAAGUUAUUGACCAUCUGAACAUUCAUACAGGGAAGAGAGCAUAUUUAUGUUCUGACUGUAGGAAAUGCUUCACUCAAAAAUCAAACGGUAAUACGCAUAAAAAAUGUCACACAGGAGAGAAAGCAUUUUCAUGUUCUGACUGUGGGAAAUGUUUUACUCUAAAAUCAUAUCUUAAUAGUCAUCAGAAAACUCAUGCAGGAGAGAAAGCAUUUUCAUGUUCUGACUGUGGGAAAUGUUUUACUCUAAAAUCAUAUCUUAUUAGGCAUCAGAAAACUCAUACAGGGGAGAAAGGGUUUUUGUGUUCCGAAUGUGGGAAAUGUUUUACUCUUAAAUUUCAUCUAAUUAGGCAUCAGAAAAUUCAUACAGGGGAGAAAGGAUUUUCGUGUUCUGAAUGUGGGAAAUGUUUUACUCAGAAAUCACAUCUCAUAACGCAUCAGAAAGUUCAUAGUGGAGAGAGAGGAUUUUUGUGUUCUGAAUGUGGGAAAUGUUUUAACCAUAAAUCAACUCUUAUUGACCAUCAGAAAAUUCAUACAGGGGAGAAAGCAUUUUCAUGUUCUUUCUGUGGGAAAUGUUUUACUCUGAAAUCACAUCUUAUUAGGCAUCAGAAAACUCAUAUUAAAGGAAACAAGGGAAAUCCAAGCUUAACCUCAUAAGUGCAGAUGGUGACAUAUAGUCGUCAUCUGCACAAUACCUAGAGUUCUCAUGAUGACUACAUGUCAUUUUCUGGGGGGGUGCGCUUUUGAAGCUGUUUGAGGCCCCCUCUAAACCUUAAGCAUGGUUAUGAGAUGGCCUGGUGUGUUUGUUAUGCUAAGGUGGAUCUGGGUCCCUGUAUAGGUUUGAAUAGCCAAGUGAUCACCUGGCAUAAAGAAAAUAUGCAUUUAUUUGAGAAGAGGUUCAUGGAAGGGAGCCCCUAUGUGCAGAUCAUAGUUUUAUAAAUACACCCAUUAUUUAUAUGUUGAUUAAUUCUUCUUUGAAAUGUACGUACUGUUGAGGACAUUAUAGACAGGUGAUCACUGAGGUAACAGUGUUUCCCUAUCUGGAAGUUAAAUUUACCAGGUGUACAGAGUGAGCCCCUAUGUUAACAUCAAAAGUGCAAGAGGCCUUGUCUAGAUAAGGAUACUCCCCCGGCUGCAUAAAAUUCAUUGUGCUGAAAUAUAAUAAAAUACAUUUUUUUUUACUUUUGAUUUACAGUUGCUAAUUUCUAUUGAAAAAUUCUGAUUUUCCCCCCCUUCAUUUUUCUUAUUUUAGAAAGGUUAUUUAAUACAAUUUUAGAUCCGCACAAGUUUCAACUAUAAAAAGAAGACACCUCAAACUGUUUUGUUUACAACAUUUGUUUAUUACAUUUGCAAUAAAAAUAUCAAUGUUUUUCCACA